AUGGGGCAUUGUAAACAAGUUGUGGAAUCUGGAAAAACCAUUCUGUUAUGCAUAUAUUGUGAGAAGCUUAUUAGGGGUGGAGGAAUUCAUCGGUUUAAUCUUCAUUUGGCUGGAAAAGGAGGAGAUAUUGAGUCAUGUCGAAAGGUGCCAGCUGUAGUGAGACACCAAUUCCAUCAAAGCAUUAAAGAGUUUCGAAACAAGAAAAGAAAAACUCAAGAACAAUAUGUAGAAAGUUAUAAUGCUUGUGAUGAAGUUGAAAGAGAAUUUGACGAGAUCGAACGUAAUGAGAUGCAGCAACAACAACAAAAAUCCGGAGUUCCAGCACCUAGCUCUAGAAAAGGAAAACAAGUCAAAGGAUUACAAUCCUAUUUUCCAUCAGCAACAACACCCAGAGCUCAACCAACUAUCAAAAACGUUCUUCAAAGCAAAGAAAUUAUGGAGAAGUGUGAUAUUGCUAUUGCGAAAUGGAUGAUGGAUGCCUUUGUUCCAUUUAAUGCGGUUAAUUCAGCUUAUUAUCAGCCAAUGAUUGAUGCUAUUGCAAGCAUGGAUGUAGGGUAUAAAGGGCCAAAUUAUCCAAGAGUCUGUGGGUAUUUGUUGAGUAAAUUGGUUGAGGAUGUGAGGAAAAUAAUUGAUAGUUAUCGUGAGAUUUGGAAACAAAUUGGAUCUUAUUGUCCUAAAGGAACUAUUUUUAUAAAGUCAGUUGAUGCUUUUAAUGUCUUAAAAACUGAUGAUGCUUUGUUUAAGUUGUUUAGGGAUGCUGCGUUAUUUGUUGGUCUUGAGAAUGUUGUGCAUAUUGUAAUGGAGAAUGCUGCAAACUAUGUUGCUGCGGGAAGGUUGUUGGAGGCUGAGUUUCCUAAAUUGUAUUGGUCUCCUUGUGUAGCUCAUUCUGUUAAUCUGAUAUUUCAAGAUAUUGGGAAGUUACAAGAAGUGAGUGAAACUAUGUCACAAGCUUCAAUGAUCACCAAGUAUAUCUAUAAUCAUUGCUAUAUGCUGUUCUUGAUGAGAAAGUUUACAGGUGGGCGGGAAAUACUUCAUUUGGCUGCAACUUAG